GCGCGUUGCUUCCUCUGAUCCGAAACGAACCUCAACAACGUUGAAUGCAGAAAGGGGGAAAAGAGGAUUAGGGUUUAGGAAGCAGCGACAACAAUGGAUUUCACAGCGGAGAAGAAGGAAUCAGAGAGCAACACCGAAAAUGCUCAUCCAACAACGUUAGAUUCUUCUUCUCAAUUGGCAUCGGCACUUGAUUCCAACAACAAAGAAAUUGAAGAACGACAAGCUCGUGAACUCAAAGCCGGUAUUCACCCCCUCAAGAUUGACAUCACUGUUCCUCCGAGGGACAAGGUAUUCAUUCUAGGAGAUGGAAAUGUGAAAGAAGCGUUUGUGACUGAGGCUGAUGUGGGAACUUUGACCAUCGAAGCAGCGAAUGAACCUAAUGCCUUGAACAAAACCGUGCGCAUAAGACUCCCUAAGAAUUAUUUGACCAUAAAUGAGAUCAUCUCUUUGUGGGAGAACAAAAUUGGGAAGACUCUUGAAAAAACUUAUGUUUUAGAGGAAAAGGUUCUUAAAGACAUUAAGGGUAAAGCAAGGUUUAGGGGGUAGAGUACAUCUUAUUUUGUCUGGAGUCGCACCUUUAUCUGCACAUGUGGAAGGUUACUUACAGAAGAUAUUGUAGACAUCUUUAUGGUCCUUGUACUAGAUUAUGGCCUUGAUGUCUUGUCACUCUAAUAGUGGAGGGCCAGCUCUAGCCAAGGCCUAGGUAAUUAUGAACUUGGCAAAGCUAGUUGGAGUUGGAGCUGGAAGGAUGGUUGGAUUGAUGCACUGCCCACAUUCAAUUAUGUAUGUUCUAAGCUCUCUCUAAGAUCUAAACAUUUACCUACAGUUGAAGAUGAUAGGUACAUGUUAAAGACUUUUACCUACAGUUAGGAGAUGUAAGUGGAAGUUAAUAACUUUUACCUACACACUAUACAUAGUAGGUAAAACCUAUAAUGAUAGACAAUUAGCUGUCAUUAUACGCCCCCUCAAAGUUGACGGAAAAAACGUCUGUAGAACAAAGUUUAUUAUACAUUUAUUUUUUACUUAUA